AUGUUCAGAGUGCCACUUCCAGACUGGCGACCUCUGCAGGGAGUAAGGGUGCCGCUGCUGGAUGCGCGCACCUGUGACCAUCUCUACCACGUGGGCACCGACGUGCCCGGCGCGGAGCAUAUAGUGCUGCCCGGAAACCUGUGUGCCGGCUACGUCCAGGGCCGCAAAGACGCCUGUCAGGGUGACUCUGGGGGACCCCUGACCUGCGUGAGAUCCGGGCGCUGGGUCCUGGUGGGCGUGGUGAGCUGGGGCAAGGGCUGUGCCCUGCCCAACCGUCCAGGGGUCUACACCAAUGUGGCCGCUUACAGCCCCUGGAUUCAGGCUCGCCUUAGCCUCUAAUGCAGGAACACUGACCUGGAGCCAGAGGCUGGGGUCCCUCUGAGGACCUGCCCAUUCCCCACACCUUGCCCCUUCCAACUUGAGGCUCACAGGACUUAUAAAGCUAAGGUGUCAUCCAUCUGUCCAUCCGUGCCUCCUCCAUAGGGCUCACCAAGCCCUAGCCGCCAACCCUCCUCCAGGAGUCUCCCAUUUGGGGGAGCGGGGAGGGGGGAGCUGUCUCACAAUCCCUCCCGCCCCCCUCCCCUCCUUCUCAUAUUUACCCUUCUCAGCUUCAGCGGGGGGGCUGGGCCUGGGUCCCCAGAGACAGGCAAGCCAGCUGGUGCCCGGUCUGGCCUCUGGGCCCCCUUUCUCAGGAGGAAGUCAGGGAGCUUCCAAGUGUGAGAGGGAUUCAGCCCCAGGGAGAUGCUUCUCCAUUGCUGGCUUUGAAGAUGGAGCGGCCUCCAGGAGCUGAGGGCAGCCCCCAGCUGACAGCCAGCAGGGAAGCCCCUCACUGCUACAACAGCAAGGAGCUGAAUGAGCCUGGGACCCAGCUCCCCCUGGCCUCCAGAUGAGAGCCCCACCAGGCCGCCCCACAGGCCAAGCCCUUGAGCCCGGUGGAGCCCACCCAGACUUCUGGCCCACAGAGUUGUGAUUUAAUAAAUUUGGGUGGUUGUAGGCUGCUAUGUUGGUGGUCGUUUACUACAGAGCAAUAGAAAACGAAUCUAGGGCGCCUG